UGGCAGCGCUAGUGGUCAGCGGCGGCUCGUCGGCCCCCCUCUCUCGGCUGAGCUUUGAGAAGGGCGACUUGCUGAAGACGAGUAGGCUGGGGUUCCGGGUCUGGAGGCACUUCAAUUUGCCGCCGCAUCAUUACUAUUACGCCCUCUCGGACCACGAGAUCUUCUCGACGACCGUGGAGCCCCAGACAGAGUAUUAUUCGGACGAGGUAACCAAAAAGGUCAAGCUCCGAUCCGUCUUGUACACCCUUGACGUGAAAACCCCUCGAAAGGAAUUCGACUCCAUCCUCAUGACGAAAGCCCGGGUCCGGGGGACCACCAUCGGGGACACGGGCAUCGCCCUGGCGCGCAGGAUGAGCCAGAUGGUCCUUUUCUACCACACCACGCGCUGCAACAACUACCACUACAUUGAUUACGUCGUCCACGGCAAGACUUUCGGCAGGUGGUGGAAGCCGCUAUACUGGCCGAAGCACCCCGAGUGCCCGGUCCACCUCGUCAUCGAGCCUGACACGAAUGUUGCCGAUCCGACUAAGCCUGGAUAUGUCACAUC